AUGGGAUGCCCGCAGGAGCCCCGCUGCCCCCGAGCGCAGGGGCUUCCUCUGCGCUGCUGGGCCCCGGGGAGCGGCGCAGGCUGCGGAGCCCUCGCCCGGCCGGGGCCCCCCUGCCCAGCCCGGCUGCGGGAGGCCGGGGCUGAGCUCUGCAGCCUGCGCCGCUCCCGCCCCGCAAGAUGGCUGCGGCCCUGCUCCGGCUGCCCGCUCCCAGCCGCCCCGGGGCAGCUCCGCAGCAGGGCCGCGGCUCCCUGCGGGCACCGGCUCCCUCCGGAGCAGGGCUCUGCGCCCAGCUCUGCCCGGGGCGGCCGUGCUCCGAGCGCGCUCCCCGCUUCUCCUCUGCCACCCAGGGCCUUCCUCCUGCAGGCCCGCAGCCACCCCGGCCCCGGCCCCGGCCCCUGCGCUGCCCGCUGCUGCUCGGCUACUCACCCCGGCACUGGUACCACCAGUGACCACCUCCUCUCCUCCUACGCGCCAGGCCCCAUCCUCCUCGGCACGGCUCCCUCGCAGCCGGCGGCCACGCCAGGCGACACCAGCAGCCCCCGUGCUCUGCUCCGCUCUGCUCUGCGGGCUGCACCUCCCUGUCUUCCCCGCACCGCGGCUGCACCGGCCCUCCCUCAGCCCCGCAGCCCCCGUGGGCUGCUCCCGCCUCUGCGGGACAACGUGGCCCCGGGCACCUCGCGGCCGGACCGCGGCCCCCUCCCCUUAGCGCGGCGGCCGCACCCCCCCCACCAUCACCAUCACCACCAGCACCACCAGCACCAGCACCCGCACCCAGGGCCGGGCCCGGCCCUACCCGAGCGGGCGCUGCCGAGCCGGCCCGGCGGAGCGCGGGGGAUGCCCGGGGAGGGGAGGCCGCGGCCCCUCCGGCGGCGGGGGAAGGGGAGCGCAGGAGGCCGCGGCCGAGCGAUCCCCGCCGGCCCUGGCAGCCCCGGCGCUGGGGUGGCCGCGGGGCUCCGGCGGCCGCCGCCCUCGCAGCGCCCCGGCCCCACGCCGAGCGGAGCGGAGCCGAGCAGGCCCGGCAGGCCGCUGCCCAGAGCCUGUCCGCGGCGCGGGGCCUGCGCGCCGGCGGGGCGGGAGCCGGGGCACGGGGACCCCCCCGCAUGCAAGCUGGACCCCAUGCAAACCAACAGACCUGCUGCGGGCCCGGCGCCUCGGGCGGGCAGGGGCACGGGCACGGGCACGGGCAGGGCUGCGGCCCGCGGCGCGGCCUGGCUAAGCGCUGGUGAACAUAAUGGCAGAGGCUGUGCCGGGCUGAGGAGCCGUGCGGGCGGGGGUGCCUGGGCUGCACAGAUGGGGGAGACGCUCCCGUGUGAAACGGCUCCCUGGAGCGUGCCGGGGGCGGGGAGCCUGCGCUGCCGCCCAGCACCCGCGCCCGGGCCGGGCCGGGCAGGUCGCGGCCUCCCGCAGCCCGGAGGGGGGGGGGAUCCCGGCUCCGAGCCCAGGCGGCCGCCGGAGCUCUCCCCGGCAGGGAGCGAGCGGCGCUGGGGGCACGGCCCGCGGGCCCGGGCCUUCACCACGGCCCUGCCCAGCCCGGGGCCCGGCGGUGUCAGCGCGGUCCCGCUUUGCCGGAGCGUCCCGGGCCUCCCGCGGCGCUGCCGGGCCCCGGUGCAAAGGGCAGCAAAGGAGCCACCGCCCGCGUUCCGGGCCCGGUGCGCGCCGCGGGGCCGGGAGCCGCCCUGGGUCCUGCCGAACCAGAGCCUGGGGCUCCGUACGGAGCCGAGCCUGGCCGAGGUCUGGCAGCGGCAUCGCCAGUAG